AUGCAACUGUUCAUAGUUUUAGCCCUUCUCGGCGCCGCUUACGGUCAGCCAAAUAGAAUAGUGGGUGGGUCAAUAUCAUCUAUUGAAAACUCCCCCUACAUGGCAUCUUUGUUGCACGGCUAUUUCGGUAUAUUCUUUUCACACCAAUGUGGAGGUACUUUAUUGUCUAACAACGCGGUACUUUCAGCGGCCCACUGCUUCUCUGACAGAUCUGUUUCCGCGUGGCGAGUACGUCUUGGAUCGAGUUUAGCAUCAUUGGGUGGCUCUGAGUAUGAAGUGUCUUCUUUGAUUAUACACCCUGAUUACGCACCAAGACUGAUAUUGAACAACUUGGCUGUUGUGAGACUGGCCAAAUCUACUGAAUUCUCAGACAGAAUAAAUAGAGCAUUCAUUGCUGGACCAAACUACAUUUUACCUGAUAACACUCCACUCUCUGCUUCAGGAUGGGGUGCAAAUAAGUUCCAAGGACAGUUAUCCGAAGUUCUGAACCAAGUGGAUGUCAACUUAAUCAACCAACAAUCUUGUGCGGAACGUUAUGCAAAACUCAAAGAAAUCCCUGGUAAGGAAAACUGGCCUGAUGUCACACCUGAAAUGAUGUGUACAGGGGCUUUGAAUGCCGACAACAAAGGAUCUUGCAAGGGUGACGAAGGUGGACCUAUAAUUCAUGGCGGAAACGUUGUUGUUGGUGUCAUUUCCUGGGGUUUCGAAUGUGGUCAAGACUCAUAUCCCAGUGUCAGUGUCCGUGUGUCUUCAUAUGCUAACUGGAUCUUUAAUGCUGCAUCUUAA